GUGGGGCCGGGCCCCGUGGGCCCCGGGGGGCCUGGGCAGCCGGCCUCACACCCUCCCGACGCCGACACCGCCGACGCCGCCUCCACCCUCGCAGCCUGAAGGAGCGGGUCGGCGGAGGCCGGCCCCGGCUGGGAGACCCGAGCCCGCCCAGGGACCCUCAGGGCCGGCGGGAUGGCGGCUUCCCCGAAGGCGGGUCGCACGGUCCGCACCCACGUGCUGGUGGCUCUGUUCGGCAUGGGCUCCUGGGUGGCCAUCAACGGGAUCUGGGUGGAGCUGCCCGUUGUGGUGCAAGAUCUGCCCGAGGGGUGGAACCUGCCUGCCUACCUCUCGGUGUUGAUCGCCCUAGGAAACGUGGGACCGCUGGUUGUAACGUUGUGCCGGCGGUGCGGCUGGGGAGGGGCGGGGCCCGGGGAGCGGCGACUCAUCCGGGCGGUGCAGUUGCUGGCCGUGGUGGGGAUGGCCCUGCUGGCCCCGCUGUGGGCCCGCACGGCGUCCGUGCUGGGCCAGCCCCACGCCGUGGCCUUCUUGGUGCUGGCUUUCGCGCUGGCCGUGGCCUGCUGCACUUCUAACCUCACCUUCCUGCCCUUCCUCACCCGCCUCCCGCCGGCCUGCCUCCGGACUUUCUUCCUGGGUCAGGGCCUCAGCGCCCUGCUGCCCUGCGUCCUGGCCCUGGCCCAGGGGGUGGGCCGGCUUGAAUGCCGCAACCUGAGCCUGCCGGCCCCCGGCGCGCCCCUGCCCAGCCUGUCCUUCCUCCCGACCCCCGUUCCCUCCCCGCCCCCGCCCGCUCCCGCCCUGGUGCCCAUCUACUUCCAAGAGCGUUUCUCAGCCGGGACCUUCUUCUGGGCUCUGGCGGGCCUGCUGGCCCUGUCGGCCGGCGCCUUCGCGGGCCUCCUGCUGCUCCUCCCGCCCCCGCCGGCGCCUCCGGAGCCGGGGGAGGAAUCGUCUCCGCUACGGGACCAGGCCGGAGCGGGCGCCGCGGUGGAGGGGGAGUCCCCGCCCGCCCCGUUCUGGACCAGCCGGACCGCGUACUUGCUGGGGCUGCUGGCCCUGGUCAACGCGCUGACCAACGGGGUGCUGCCCGCCAUCCAGAGCUACUCCUGCUUGCCGUACGGCCGCACCGCUUACCACUUGGCCGUGGUGCUCAGCAACGUGGCUAACACGCUGGCCUGCUUCGUGGCCAUGGCCGUCCUCUGCAGGACGGCCCUGGGCCUGGCUGCGCUGGCCUUGGCCGGGACGGCCUGUGGGACUUUCCUAAUGGUGCUGGCUGUCCUGAGCCCCUGCCCGCCCAUGGUGGGCACCGUGCCCGGCACUGCCCUGGUGGUGGUGGCCUGGGUGCUGGGCCUGGGGCUGCUGUCCUACGUGAAAGUGUCCGUGGGUUCGCUGCUGCACGCCAGAGGCCGGCGGGGCCUGCUGUGGGCCGGCGUGGCCAUCCAGGCCGGCUCGCUCCUGGGGGCCGCGGUCAUGUUUCCGCUCACCAGCAUCUAUCAACUCUUCCACAGCGGCCAGGACUGCGUGGACGGCUGCAGGGCCUGAGGGGCCCCUCCGGCCCCCUGGCCCUGAGUCCCUUCGCUCCAGUCCUCCCCCGCCCCCCUGCCCGCCUCUGGCCGGACGGAUGCCUCCGGGGCCCCCGCCUUAACCCGUCAGGGCCCCGCAAAUUCUCCUCCAGACCGACUCACUCCGCGUGAAUGCCUCCUCCCUGCCGCCGGGGAUGAAGUGGGCACAGAGUCCCCUCCGUGGCCCUACUACUGACUCCUCUUCCCCGAGGGACCAACUCAGGACCCCCCGCCCCCGGCCCCUUUUCCCUUCUAUCUCUAGGCCCACGUUUGCACUCCCCCAUCCUCCGCGCCCUUCCUUGAUGUUCAAGUGGGGAGGUCACUGACUGACCUGGGGGUUUGGGCUAGCCUGGGAUAGCAGGACUGGAAUCCCUCCUUUUCACUCCCCUGGGGGACAGUGAGGGGGAGGAGGGGCAGGUCCCCACUUAAGGUGGAGUUUUACAAUAAAACUGUUGCCUGAAGUGA